AUGGCACUGAGCCCUCAAGAUUUAGUAUGGGAGCAAUGCUGCUUCUUUGGGCUUUGCGGCCUUAAGUCUUUCAAGGCUGUGGUGCUGCUCCUUGAGCCACCUUGGUCUACCUCUCAGAUUUUCAAUGGUCCAAGAAUCAUGUUGAUUGAAUCUCUACCCUCUCUUCCUACAUUUGCAAAAGUGACUAGGAAAUCACCAACCAUAGCCUUGCUCAUCUUCUUCGUAGCUGUACCACUGAGCAAAACCUCUUAUGCCCCUGUCAUUUCCACCUACUUGGGUCAAAAUCUUAAUGAGGGAACCCUGAAGGAAGCAUGUGACACCGGAACAUAUAAUAUCAUAAACAUAGCUUUCCUUAACGUUUUUGGUGGCGGCCAAACCCCGUCUAUGGACCUUGCUGGUCACUGCUACCAACCAAGCGGCACGUGCGUUAUAUUCGGAGAACAAAUAACAUAUUGCCAGGGACUAGGAAUCAAGGUAUUGCUCUCACUUGGUGGUGCAAUUGGUACUUACGGUCUGACUUCUAAAGAUGAUGCCCAAAGUGUAGCAGAUUAUUUAUGGAACACAUUUUUGGAAGGAAGAACAUGUGCUGGUCCAUUAGGUGAUGCCACGUUGGAUGGUAUUGAUUUUGCUAUUGUAAAAGAAGAGACUUCGAAUUUGUACUACCAUGAUCUUGCCCGCUUCCUUAAAGAGAAAAGCGAAAGCGUUUACUUAUCUGCAGCUCCUCAAUGUCCAUUCCCUGAUCAUUAUUUGGGGGCUGCCAUUGAUACCGGCCUUUUUGACUUUGUUUGGGUUCAAUUUUAUAAUAAUCCCCCAUGCCAAUACCAUGAUGGUGUCGCUGACGACCUUAUAAAAUCAUGGAAUCAGUGGACUACCUCGAUAAAUGUGACGAAUAUAUUUAUGGGGUUACCGGCGGCUGAGAAUGCGGCUUAUUCUGGAGGCUAUAUUCCCGUGGGCAAUCUAACUGCUGAUGUUCUUCCGGUGAUAGAAAACUCAGCCAAAUAUGGAGGCCUAAUGCUUUGGAGUCGAUAUUAUGAUAAGCUAACUGGGUAUGGUGCUUCUAUCAAAUCUUCUACCCUCGGGGAUGGCUUGGUGUACUCUUCUUAA